AUGCUUUUCAAAUUAUUGUUGUUGUCCCUCACACCUGCACUGCUCCAAGCGGCGCAAGCAAUUGCCCCAUUCAGCUGGAAUAAUGAAACGUUCCUUCUUCAUGGCAAGCCUUACCAAAUCAUCGGCGGGCAGAUGGAUCCCCAGCGCAUCCCGAAUGAGCUAUGGGCUGAUCGCUUGGCUAAGGCACGCGCCAUGGGCCUGAACACUAUUUUUUCCUACAUUUAUUGGGAUCAGCUCGAGCCCACCCAAGGUUCCUGGGACUCGACCGGUAACAACGAUAUCGCGAAAUAUUUCAAGACUGCUCAGAAACAGGGGUUGAAUGUGGUUCUAAGACCGGGUCCUUAUAUCUGCGGCGAACACGAAUGGGGUGGAUUCCCUGCUUGGCUGAGUGAAGUGCCCGGGAUGGUCGUCCGUACCGACAAUGAGCCUUUCAUGACUGCUUCGAAAUCCUACAUUGAUCACCUUGCCAAGGACAUCGCCCAGCUAGGUGUCACUCACGGAGGGCCCAUGCUGAUGGUCCAGGUCGAGAAUGAAUAUGGAUCCUAUGGGAGCAACCACAAGUAUGUUGGAGACCUGAGGGACAUACUCAAGGAAGCCUUUGGUUUACCUCUCUACACCAAUGAUGGCGGCGAACAGUCGAUGAUCGAAGGAGGCCAGAUCCCCGGCGCUCUCGCCGAGACAGAUGGUGAUCCCAAGACUGGAUUCAAAGCUCGCAACGAAUACGUGACCGAUCCGAGCAGUUUGGGCCCUCAGCUCGAUGGCGAGUACUACGUGACUUGGCUCGACCAGUGGGCCAGCAAUUAUACCCACCAGACCGAUGUCGGAAAUACCCAGGCGAUCCAAACGGUCCAGUCAGAUCUCGGCUGGAUUCUGAAGAACAACGCCUCGUUCAGUAUCUAUAUGUUCCAUGGUGGUACCAACUGGGGAUUCCAGAAUGGAGCUGACUGGGGCGACUCUCUCGAACCCAUCACCACGAGCUAUGACUAUGGUUCUCCGCUUGAUGAGAGUGGUCGAACGAAUGAGAUUUACAAUGCUCUUCGGGAGACCAUUGGCAACCAUGUUGGCAAGGAUACUAUUCCAGACACUCUGAAGGAAGAGCCGUUGAUCACGAUUCCCGAGAUUCGCUUGACACCUGCGGUAUAUCUGUUUGAUUCUCUCCCGAAGCCAGUCACGAAAAAGGCCCCAGUCAACAUGGAAGCUCUGGGCCAAUCGACUGGCCUGACAUUGUAUAGGCAUGUCAUCACAAAGCCUGUCAAUGGUACCCUAGCCCCUGGAGAUGCCCCUAGAGAUCGGGUUCUCGUCUAUGUAAACGGAAAGCGUGUCGGUGUCAUCGAUAGCACUUACGAGGUGCCCAGCACCGUCCACCUGGUCUUGAAGAAAAGCGAUGUUCUGGACUUGUUGGUCGAGAACCUUGGGCGUGUCAACUACGGUCCCAGGAUUGUCGACCAGCGCAAGGGAAUCGUGGGCAACGUGACAGUGGGAACGAACUUGCUUUCCAACUGGCAGAUGUAUCCCCUUCCUCUACACGCACCACCUACUUCUGGCACAAUACACUCGAAGCUCUCAUCCAGCUCAGGCCCGACCUUCUUUACAGGCACUUUCGACGUGGAUAACGUUGGUGAUACCUACCUCGAGCUUCCCGGUUGGACUAAGGGCGUUGUCUGGGUGAAUGGUGUGAAUUUAGGUCGUUAUUGGAUCGUGGGACCUCAGCAGACUCUUUACUUGCCCGGAUGCUAUUUGAAGAAGAGUGAGAAUAAGAUCACCGUUCUUGCUUUGGAGCCUACGGGUGAUGAGGGUUCUGUUUGUGGUAUCACGACGCGGAACUGGGGCAACAAACCCGAUCCGGAUGCUCCGUGA